AUACCCUCCUCCACUCGUCUUCGUCUUCAUCAUCAUCAUCAUCAUCAUCUUCACCGGUUUCUUCUCCAUGGCUGCCGCCGGUGUUGCAACGCUGCAACAUAACUUCAAAAUGCAGCCUUCCAUCUCGCUUCUCCCUUCUUCUCAAUCCUCCUUCUGUGGCACCAAAUUCAGUCCCUCCAUCCAGUAUAAGAGGAAAGUAUGUCAACCAAAAGGAGCUUUGAACGUGACGGCAUCGAGUGCCAAGAAAAUUCUGGUAAUGGGAGGCACACGAUUCAUAGGAAUCUUUCUUUCAAGGCUACUUGUCGAAGAAGGCCAUCAGGUUACUCUGUUUACUAGAGGAAAAGCACCCAUCACACAACCGUUGCCUGGUGAACCGGAUGAGGCUUACAAUGCUUUCAAAUCCAAGGUAUUGCACUUAAAAGGCGAUAGGAAGGAUUUCGAUUUUGUGAAAACUAGUCUUGCUGCUGAAGGCUUCGAUGUUGUCUAUGACAUAAAUGGGCGUGAGGCGGUAGAGGUGGAGCCAAUAUUAGAUGCAUUGCCAAAACUAGAACAGUACAUAUACUGCUCUUCAGCCGGUGUUUACCUUAAAUCUGAUCUUUUACCACACUGUGAGACGGAUGCUGUUGAUCCUAAAAGCCGACACAAGGGGAAACUUGAGACAGAAGCCUUAUUGGAGUCAAAGGGUGUUAAUUACACUUCUAUAAGGCCGGUUUAUAUCUACGGUCCUUUGAACUACAACCCUGUUGAAGAGUGGUUUUUCCAUCGGUUGAAAGCUGGCCGACCAAUCCCGAUUCCCAACUCGGGUAUUCAAGUAACCCAACUCGGUCACGUAAAGGAUUUGGCGAAGGCUUUUAUAAAGGUUUUGGGGAACGAAAAGGCAAGCAAGCAAGUGUACAACAUAUCGGGCGAUAGAUACGUUACCUUUGACGGACUAGCAAGAGCAUGCGCUAAGGCCGGUGGAUUCCCGGAGCCUGAGAUCAUUCACUACAACCCUAAGGAGUUUGAUUUCGGGAAAAAGAAAGCAUUUCCAUUCCGAGACCAGCAUUUCUUUGCAUCGGUAGAGAAAGCGAAGGCGGAGCUUGGGAUCGUUCCGGAAUAUGGGUUGGUCGAAGGUUUGACCGACUCUUACAAUCUGGAUUUUGGCCGAGGAACGUUUAGGAAAGAAGCCGAUUUCACCACAGAUGACAUUAUUCUUGGCAAGAGCCUUGUUCUAAGCUGAUUUCACCAUUUUCUCCCCAUCCAUGAAACGAUUGAAUAUUCAUCAAUGAAUACAAUAAUUGUAUAACACAAUCCAUUUUGUUGAUUCAUUUGAGAGAUUUCUACUAAAAAAUGGGUGUUCAAUUUUGCAAGACCUUUC